AUGUGGUUGACGGACAUGCAAAAAAUCGGCGUGGCGUUGACAACAUUUGGAGGAAUAUUCAUGCUGCUUGGUGUUGUGCUAUUCUUUGAUGGUGCACUACUUGCUCUGGGAAACAUUCUCUUUCUUGGCGGACUGGGCCUCAUCAUUGGGCCUCAGAAGACCUUCUACUUCUUCUCUCGCAAAAACAAGCUGCGUGGAACCCUCUGUUUUUUCGGCGGCAUAUUGCUGGUCUUCAUCAAAUGGCCCUUUUUUGGUGUGAUACUGGAGACAUUCGGUUUCCUCAACCUCUUUGGCGACUUCUUCCCUGUCAUCCUCACGUUCCUGCGACAAUUGCCGUUCAUAGGUCAAGUACUCAACAUGCCUUAUAUACGGAACGCCGCAGAUCGUCUUGCAGGUUCAAGAACGUCUAUCGUAUGA